AUGAAGAGGAAUCUCGACGUAGACGCUGGUGAUUCGCAGAUCUCCAAAGCCGUGAAGAGACCCAAAGUUGAUGCGAGUAACAAGACUAUCGCGAAUCAAAGUAUCACCACCGAGUCCCUCCAGCAACUUUUGGAUUUGUCGCAGCUCUCCGAUGAUGAAAGCGUAACAGCGCGGUUCGAGGUCCUUGCCGGUGCCCUUCUAAACGAUCAUCACCUCGUUCUGAAAUGCGGUGACGUGGAAACGAAAUUUCAAAUUUUAGAGCUGGAGUUUUACCUGCGAAUACCUGGCUGUCAUGAGGACCCGUUUACCCAUGGGAGUGAGGAGCAGAAAGUCAGCGGACGAUGGUACUUUCAUCGUGCACCACGUCAAUCCACAAACUCGAAUCUGAACUCCACCAGUCUGACGGAGUACAGAACUGGUUCAAGGAAAGGCUUGGAUUUGACUUUCGGUGGUCCCCCUCAGCCCGUUGCCGCCACGUCGGACUCCGCACCUGCCUCCAUCACCUCCAGCACUCCCGGGCCUUCCGUGGCUGCCAGCCGAGGAAAAGAAACACGCGGUGGCAUUCUUCUCAGAUCCAUUCGCAAACUUGGUCCGAACACACAAGUCAUCUCAGGUCCCUCACUAUUAGUCGACCAAAUCCUGUCACUCAGCAGAGCAGCCUCCGUGGCUGAAUUUGUCGAGACGAAGCUGGCAGGAGACACCUCCGCUUUCCUCCCCGACGCCAAUACCGCCACCGACGCCCCAUCUGUGAAGCUCUAUUUUAAACACUCACCAUCCAAGGCCCAGCCAGGAUCUUUAGCUGGAUUUUUUAAGGGAGGAGAGUCACACUCCUCGGGCUCAAAGAUAUACAAGUCUCCCCGUAUUGGUCUCGAUCUGUCCCACCCAGGAACUACCGGUCCAGAAGUCAAACCCCUCCACUCUCGCAUCCGUUUCUUGCCAAGACGUUAUCGAUAUUUCACCCACCCAUCUGAGCUCGUUGCCAACGGGCGCGCCCAGACUUUCCUAGGGAUCGUGUAUUCACGCAUCCCUUCUGAUAUUGAUAAGGGGUUAAAGGACCGGAAGAUGCUAGCUGAGGUUGUCCGACUGUCCGGAAUGAAAGAAGGGACUGCUACCAAGUACUUGGCGGACUUUGUUGGUGGUCGGGCGGGGGGCGCGAAAUUGUUGGAGGAUUUCAUUGGGGCUUGGUUCAAGCUUGGUUCUUCCUCUUUUCGGUCCUGCUACGUUUGGUACCUAAAUUUUGCUUUCGACGGUCAUCGUCGGAUGAACAAGAGGGCUCUUGACGCAGACGAUAUCCAGGUAGCUGCGGUCGCGAAGAAAUCCAAAGUAAACCAGGGGUUCAACGUGCAAGCCAGUGACCAAACCGUCACAUCGAACGAUGGCCACAACCAGCUCACCUCCAUCACUGAAGAGUCUCUUCAACAGCUACUGGAUUUCUCGCACCUUUCCGACGAGCAAUGCAUAAAGGCACGCUUUGACGUCGUAGCCAACACCCUUCUACGCGACUUCCACCUUGUUCUAAAAUGCGAAAACGUUGAAACGGAGUUCCAGAUUCUAGAGCUGGAAUUUUAUCUGCAGAAAGCUGGAUGCCAUGAGGACCCAUAUACCCAUGGAGGCGAGGAGCAGAAAAUCUGUGGGCGGUGGUACUUUCAUCGACCUCCACGUCGCUCCGCAGACUCAAACCGCAGCGCUACCAGUCUAACGGACUACUACAGAGGUGGCUCGAGGAAGGGUAUGGAUGUGACCAUUGGUGGCCCCUCUCCAUCCAUCACCACCACGUCUCCAUACUUCACACCCUCUGCUACCACUCCGAGCGCUCCUGGGCCAUCGGACUUGUCUUCCAGCCAGGAGUUACCACCCUUGCCACGCGGUGGCAUUCUCCUUAGAUCCAUCCGCAAACUCGGUCCAAAGCCCCAAGUGAUCUCAGGACCCUCUCUCUUAGUCGACCAAAUCCUCUUACUCAGCGGGGCAGCCUCGAUUUCCGAGUUGGUUGAGACCAAGUGGGCAGGAGAGAGGACUGCCUUUCUCCAUAGUGCUAUUCCUGGCGCCGAUGCCCCAUCUUUUAAACUCUAUCUCAAGCACUCUCCUCACAGCCCCAGCUUGAAGAUAUACAACUCCCCGCGUAUUGGUCUUGACCUGUCACACCCGGGAACGACAGGCCCAGAAGUCAAACCCCUCCACUCCCGCAUCCGGUUCUUGCCAAAACGAUAUCGAUACUUCACCAAUCCGUCCGAACUGGUUGCCAACGGGCGCACCCAAACUUUCCUUGGUGUCCUGUAUUCAUGCAUUUCCUCUGACCUCGACCAGAGCUUGAAAGACAAGAAGGCUGUGGCUGAGGUUGUCCGCCUGUCGGGGAUGAAAGAAGGUACCGUUACCAGGUACAUAGCGGACUAUGCAGCUGGUCGUGCUGGGGGCGCAAGGACUUUGGCGGGUUUUGUUGGGCCGAAGGGAAAGGGUGCUGCCAGCUCACCGUCAACGUAUCUAAAGAUGAUGGGCGCGAUUUCGGCCCUCUAA